AUGGUUGCUACUAAUCCCAACAUCGGUCCUGCGGAGCUUGCGGGCAAAGUCGCCCUUGUGACGGGCGGCAGCCGCGGUAUUGGGUCUGGAAUUGCCCUCGAACUGGCCAAGAAGGGCGCAUCCGUGGCCAUCAACUUCGCUCGGGAUCCCAAGUCCGCAGACAAGAUGGUUCAAGAGCUGGAAUCGCACGGCGUCCACGCGGCGGCCUUCCAGGCCGAUUUGACUCAGGUUGAGGCCAUCGGAAACCUGUUCCAACAGGUGGUGGCACACUUUGGCCAACUCGAUAUCGUCGUCUCCAACUCGGGCACGGAGAAAUUCGUCUCUCUCCAAGACACGACGCUGGAUGACUUCAACGAGGUCUUCGACCUGAACACAAGGGCCCAAUUCUUUGUCGCCAAGAACGCCUACGAACACAUCCAGCCCGGUGGGCGUGUUGUGCUCAUGUCUUCCAUCGCUGCGGGUGUGGGUGUUCCCGGACACUCGCUGUACGCGGGCAGCAAAAGCGCCGUCGAGGGCUUCACCCGCUGCUUCGCGGCCGACUUUGGCAAGAAGCGAUGCACAGUGAAUGCGAUCGCCCCUGCAGGAGUGAAAAGCGACAUGUGGCUGAAGAACGCAUGGCGAUAUGCAGCAGGUUGCGACCAGAACUCGUCGAUCGAAGAGAUCGAGCAGGCUCUGGCCAAUGGCAGCCCCUUGAAGCGCUGCGGAGUGCCCGCGGACAUUGGCCGUGUUGUGGCCUUUUUGGCCAGUCCGGCUGGAGAAUGGAUCAACGGUGAGUGGAAUGUCAUGACGGCCUUCGGGAUCUAG